GAUUCAUAACCAUUCUCCCAGCCAGUGCAAAUCUUACACGUGUGAAACGUCAGAGCACCACAGCAAGGGCGUCACCCCCUUAAAAACGCCUUUGUGAUACCAUAUUGAUGAUAGCCCUGCGCAUGUGCAGUAUGCUGACCCCUGAUUAGUGGUCUCAUACCGCAGCGCAGGGGCUCCAGAAGUAAACAUUUCCGUGCUACUUCGGACGUACCUUCGGCUCGACGUUACGCUAUAAAACCCUUCGAAAUUCACCUUUAUGAGGACAAGUUUUGACUCCACAGAGGCAGGGAAAACCGAUGUGUUGAGCUGUGACGACCGAGGUUAGAAAUUACCCUGGGUAGCUAGGUCAAGGUGAUCAGUCUAGCGUCCUGCGCCAAUCGUUCUUUGGUGCCAAAAAUUUGUGAGAUAAUUUGGACAGCGUGAACCCAGGCUACAAACAGGUCCUGAGUUCAGAGAUACUGCUCAGUGGUCACUGUUUACGUUCCGGAGAGACACAAGGUGCAGUUUUUAGCCGUAAACUGCAACUGUAGCUCUGUCAAACGGAGGAUAUUUCGUCCAGCAGUGACGGUGUAACCAGCACGGCUUCUGCAACAACAUGGGAACCACAGGCAGUAAGCGGGAGAGGAGUGACUCCGGUGGGGGUGCCUCCAUGCGGGACUCCCUGGACGCUGACAGGCUGGACCUGAGCCGCCCCGGGAGUAAGAUCAUGGUGGGGUCGCCUCUGGAGGAUGCCUUCGAGUUCUCUCCGUCUCCAAGUGUGAAGAGUGCAAGCAUGAGAAUCCCAGACCAACAGCAAGCAGCAAAAAGUUCAUCAGCAAAGAAAGAUACUGUGCCAACCAUGUUCCGCUGGCGCGCUAAUGCCAAGACUGUUGCCAUGGCAGGCUCUUUUAAUGAGUGGUCAACCAAGAUACCUUUAAACAAGAGCCACAAUGACUUUGUGACCUUCAUUGACCUACCCGAAGGAAGACAUGAGUACAAGUUCUAUGUAGAUGGACAGUGGGUGCAUAAUCCAGAUUUGCCAUCUGUGGAUAACCAGCUGGGGACUUUGAACAAUGUUGUGGAGGUGAAGAAGUCUGAUUUUGAGGUGUUUGAUGCUCUGGCAUCAGACUUGGAUUCAUUGUCUAGCAGUGCAAAAGGGGACACUACUAGGGAUGUAUCAGGGUCGCCCCCAGGACUCUAUGGUCAGUCUGUCCCAGAGCGGAGUCCGUAUGACAGGAUACAGAACCCCCCCAUCCUGCCUCCUCAGCUGCUGCAGGUCAUCCUCAACAAGGACAUGUCUGUACAGUGUGAGCCCACAUCCCUGCCUGAGCCACAUCAUGUCAUGUUGAACCAUCUCUAUGCCCUGUCCAUUAAGGAUGGGGUGAUGGUGUUGAGUGCCACACAUCGUUACAAGAGGAAGUAUGUGACAACCCUGCUGUACAGACCCAUCACCUGAGGCCUGAUCAUGAUACUCUUAGAUAGACAUGGUCUGAAUAUGUGUACUUCAUGUAUGCUUCUUAUCAAUGCAGCAGAUAUAUCUACAUAUAUAUGGUCAUGUCAGUACAUAUGCAGCAGUGUUUCUAGCCACAGUAAUGCAUAGGCAAUUUGUAUAAAUGAUUUAGUGAUAGACCUGUUCCUUCCAAAAACUUACAAGAAAGACAGUAAUGAAGCAUUUAUUCCUCACUGUUGUCAGCUUUCUGCAUAUAUUUCCCCACACCUUCAUGACAUCCAGAGUUUGAUUAUGUAUUCCUGUCUCCUGUGUACAUCUGCAACAUAAGCCUGUCAAGUUUGUGAUGGCUAGAGUAAUGUACAAUCAGGUUAUAAUGAUGAAAGUAAAUGAAAGCAUGAAAAAAAUCUAUUACCAAAUUGAAACUUUUUUCUUUUAUCCAUUCUCAAAGAAUG